UAUCAUUGGUACUCCCGUGGCUCCCGUGCGUUUUAUUCCCAUGCUCCGUUUUGACACAGCAGGAAUUAGGCAUUAGUAACAGUUAGUAAAGCUAGUAACGUGAGUAACGUCUGGUGUUUUCCGACUUCGUUUGCGGUUCGAAGUGGAUGGUUUUAGUCUGUGUCUGUAGUGAUCUGCUUCAAAAGGCUGCUAGGUAAUUGGUCCUAAAACCUAGUCAAGAGAACUAAUAAUGGCGUCAGCUAUGGAUAUAGAUGAUGAAGAAAUUGAGUUACCAACUUCGAGUAGUGGAAAAGGGGAAAAGAAAAGGUUUGAAGUGAAAAAGUGGAAUGCUGUUGCUUUGUGGGCCUGGGACAUUGUGGUAGACAAUUGUGCCAUUUGCAGAAAUCAUAUAAUGGAUCUUUGCAUUGAGUGCCAGGCAAACCAAGCAUCUGCCACAAGUGAGGAGUGUACUGUUGCCUGGGGUGUCUGCAAUCAUGCAUUCCACUUCCAUUGUAUCUCUCGCUGGCUCAAGACAAGACAGGUGUGCCCCCUGGAUAACAGGGAGUGGGAGUUCCAAAAGUAUGGCCACUGAAGGAUAAGGUUGUGUGUACAUCCGUGCACCGGGACCCAAACCCAUCUUGGAUUACACCUCGUGAUUUGGUUAAGGAUAGCAAGCAUUGUGACACAGUGUAAAAUGUGUUGUUAGAUUUGUCUUUUCCAUGUUAAACUUACAAAUUAAAGGCAUUUAACCAUAUAGUCACAGGAAGGUAAAUGAGUAUUUUGCCUCAAGGUUAUUUAUGCUUUUAAUGUUAAUUUUUAGGGGUGUAAAUUCGUGUGUUACCAGAAAUUAACAAUUUUAGGUCAGCUUAGAUUUCUGUUUCUAUUUGGUUUUGUGCCUUUAAAUUUUCUGUCAGUUUUAUUUUUCAUUAUCAAAUGCAAAUGCAUCUUUUUAAAAAUAUGAAAAUUGUUCAGACAACUAUUACUUACUUUGUUUUUUCAUAAUGUAGCAUAUUUAAAUAAGCCUAAUGUCUUUCAUCCUAGGGUAUUGACAUUUUUUUCGUGUUAAUGUAUAUACUCAAAUAAAGAUGACUUUCCCCUUUUUUGAAA